GGGGGGACCCCCAGCUCAUCAAGGAUGUCCAUGACAGUCUUGGGAGAUACAUUGAAGGGAUAAAACUAAAACAGCUUAAUGCCCAUCGCUGGGGGAUCGACUGCACGGAUAAUGAUCUUGCUGGCCAACUCUUAAUUUAACUGCAAGAAGAUUUGGCUGUGGAGAUAAUAUUUUUUUUUUAUAUAUUGUGAUUUGGAUUUUUUUUUUUGUCUUGUGAAUUAUUAUUCUUUUUUUGCUUUUUUCCAUUUUUUUUUUUCUACUGAUGGAGAGAACAGGAUCAAGUUGAGGUCCUUGUGUUGGAUUUUUCCUUCUUCUUCUUUUUUUUUUCUUUUUUUGGGACAUGAGUAAACAUAUUUGGAAAAUACACUCAGGCAGAGAGGGACCUUGCCAUUGGGAAGUGUUCUAUUGAUUGUUCCGUUGAGUGAUGCAGUUGGUAUGAAAAUCGUAGAAUGGAAAUUGUUUGGGAGGUGGUGUUUUUCCUACAAGCCAAUUUCAUCGUUUGCAUGUCAGCACAACAAAAUUCACCGAAAAUCCAUGAAGGCUGGUGGGCCUAUAAGGAGGUCGUUCAGGGGAGUUUUGUUCCAGUGCCUUCCUUUUGGGGAUUGGUAAAUUCCGCCUGGAAUCUAUGUGCGGUUGGAAAGAGGCAGUCUCCCGUCAACAUAGAAACCAGCCAUAUGAUUUUCGAUCCCUUCCUAACAUCGCUACGUAUCAACACAGGUGGAAGGAAGGUGAGCGGGACCAUGUACAACACGGGGAGACACGUCUCCUUGCGGCUGGACAAGGAGCAUCUAGUGAAUAUAUCCGGCGGGCCUCUCACCUACAGCCAUCGCUUAGAAGAAAUCCGCUUACAUUUCGGCAGCGAGGACGGCCAAGGCUCAGAACACCUUCUUAACGGGCAGGCCUUUUCUGGGGAGGUCCAGCUGAUACAUUACAACCACGAGCUGUACACAAAUGUAACGGAGGCAGCGAAGAGCCCGAACGGCCUAGUUGUUAUAUCCAUAUUUAUAAAAGUUACAGAUUCAUCCAAUCCUUUCCUAAACCGAAUGCUUAACAGAGAUACUAUAACAAGAAUAACAUAUAAAAAUGAUGCCUAUUUACUACAGGGGCUAAAUAUAGAAGAGCUUUAUCCUGAAACCGCUAGUUUCAUCACCUACGAUGGGUCAAUGACCAUACCGGCAUGUUAUGAGACAGCGAGUUGGAUCAUCAUGAACAAACCCAUCUAUAUUACCAGAAUGCAGAUGCAUUCAUUAAGACUGCUAAGCCAAAACCAACCCUCGCAGAUCUUUUCCAGCAUGAGCGAUAACUAUAGACCGGUCCAGCCCCUCAACAACCGCUGCAUCCGAACCAAUAUCAACUUUAGUUUACAAGGGAGAGACUGUCCAAACAACAGAGCACAGAAAGUACAGUAUAAAGUGAAUGAAUGGCUUCUAAAGUGAACCUAUUAGUCAAACCCACCAAGAAGAGUCACCAAGUCGCCCGUCGGCCUGGAUUGACAUACUUUGCACCAAGCUCCAUCCACGUCCUUGGACAUGUACUUCAUUAACAGCACCCAUCAUGUGCAGUUUGGCGGCAAAAAAAAAUAAAAAAAAAAAUGAAAAAGCAGAAAAAAAAAGAAAGAAAAGCAAAACUUAAUAAACGUUUCAAAAAACGUCCAUAAAACCUCAAGGGAUGAGGCAAACGCGCUACGGUUUAUGACAAUUUACAACCAACGCAGACGAAGACUUGACUGCCUUUGUACAUACAGAUGGCUUUCUUUCUAUAAAAAAAAAAAAAACAUUUGCUUUGGACACUUUUGAAGUGCAUCCAUAACCUCAUUCCACAAAUUUUUGGGAGUCCCCUUGACCUGCUUUAUCAUAACCGCAUACGAAAUAUGAAAAAAACAAAAAAAGAAGAAGAGAGAUGGGAGAGCGGACGUGAACGAAAAACAAAGACUGUUUCUAGGCUACGGUUGUUCAGGUUGCUUCCGAACAAGGCGAGAUGACGAGUGAUUAUAUGUAUAAUAUAUAUAUAUUAUUAAAGAGUAUAAAGACAUAAAA